AUAUAGAGCAAUAUUCCAGGGCUUUCCUGCUGCACAGGCCUGAGAGACAUGUACUACUGCAAUAGAGACAACUGCAAUCAGACAGACAAUGCCAAGGAUAAAGCACAUCCAAGGAAUCUGAUCCCGGAACUUUGCAGACAGUUCUAUAAUUUGGGCUGGGUCACAGGAACUGGAGGAGGAAUCAGCCUCAAGUACGGGGAUGAAAUCUACAUUGCACCUUCAGGGGUCCAGAAGGAAAGGAUUCAGCCAGAUGACCUAUUUGUUUGUGACAUUGAUGAAAAAGACAUCAGCUGCCCUCCGCCUUACCGAAACUUAAAGAAGAGCCAGUGCACCCCUCUUUUUAUGAAUGCUUACACUAUGAGAGAUGCCGGUGCUGUGAUCCAUACUCAUUCCAAGGCUGCUGUCAUGGCUACUCUGAUGUUCCCAGGGAAAGAGUUUCUCAUCACACACCAGGAGAUGAUUAAGGGGAUUAAAAAGGGCACCUCUGGUGGCUAUUACAGAUACAAUGACAUGUUGGCCGUGCCCAUAGUGGAGAAUACUCCAGAAGAAAAAGACCUCAAAGAACGCAUGGCAAGGGCCAUGACGGAGUAUCCAGAUACCUGCGCUGUGCUUGUCCGGCGCCACGGAGUCUAUGUCUGGGGAGACACUUGGGAGAAAGCUAAAACCAUGUGUGAGUGUUACGAUUAUCUGUUUGACAUCGCGGUUCAGAUGAAACAACACGGAUUGGACCCAUCAGCCGUCCCUACUGAAGAGAAAGGGAUUGUUUAACCUCAUUGCCUGGGUCGGAUAGAACUUUUAUCUUCUGUUCCCGUGAUUUACACUUCCUCCUGUUUGUUACCGUGCCAUUUCAUUAUAACGACGAUCACUCAUCAGUGUGCAGAUUCGAGUAUCCGUUCCCCCCCGUGCAAGUGGAAAGGAUACCGUGAGGCCUAUUGUUUCAACCGGACCUGUUUUGGAGCAAGUAGAACUGAUUUAGCACAAAUUUUGUUCUCCAGUUUGGGAAUUUCAGCAACUGUCUGGUUACUAGGGUGCUAUUCCCUAAAAGAUGAGAAUACAAAAAUAACAGUAACACUGUAGCUUAACAGAGCAACAGACUAUUGGUUGCUGGGGUCAGUGACCCCCUGAGACCCAGAUGCCAUUUUAAACUGCAAAUUGGAAAGACUAUAACAAAUGAAGACCAAGUAAAGAGCACAAAGAAUAGGCUAUAUGGCAUACACCAUUUAUCUAAAGGCAAAGAACCCCUUUAAAAAACUGUACUCGUAAUGAUCGUAUUUGAGAAACAGAUGGUUAUGCUACCAUUGCAGUUUGGUGGAUUUUAUUUCUUCUAAGCCAAUUUCCCAUUACAAAGUUUGUAUAGUUCAUAAAUGUCAGGUGGUCUAGAGGUUUUCCAUUUAUGAUCUAAACCCAACUAAUGAUGCUCUACCUCAAACUGGUAGUUUGUAGCUGUUAGUAUUUGUAGUCGUCGUAGAGUCGUAGUAUUUGGGUAAGCAAGGCACCUUAUUCUGUUCUUUUCAACUGUUGGUAAUGUGCACUUGUGGGUAGAAAAGGUUUUAAAACACCAACAUUGAGAUUGUUGAGAGCUGAUUGGUUGCUUCCGGCAACUAUGAAUGUGCUGUUUAGUAGGGAUGCACAGAAUCCACUAUUUUGGAUUCAGCCGAACCCCCGAAUCGUUUGCGAAAGAUUCGGCUGAAAAUCAAAUCCGAACCCUAAUUUGCAUAUGCAAAUUAGGGCUGGGAAGGGGACAUUGUUUUUACUUCCUUGUAUUCUGACAAAAAGUCACGCAAUUUCCCUCCCCACCCCUAAUUUGCAUAUGCAAAUUAGGAUUCGGUUCGGCUGGGCAGAAGGAUUUGGCCGAAUCCUGCUGAAAAAGGCUGAAUCCCGAACCGAAUCCUGGAUUCAAUGCAUCCCUAAUGUUUAGGACAUAAAGUGUUAGAAAUUCUCGAACCCGCAACCGACCCUAACCCGCCCCAACCCACACCUGUCCCGGCCUGCCUUUCCCUCUCUGUUUAUAGACCCGCAUCCGACCUCCUGGCAGUGAUGUCACAAAAGGGCCCGGCAUAAGUCUAAAAAUGUAGGCACUGACAGUGAAGAUUUUGUGCAAGAACCGGCCUGACCCACGUGUUUCGUUCCAGCCCGCACAUCACUAUUAUGUUACUUUAAAAUAUACGUAUCCUGCCCCUUAUAACUCUAUUUUUAUGUUGCUUAAAAGACUAGUAGCACCAAAAGUGGACAUUCUUAUUAUGAUUGGUCUUAUAAUUUAUUCGUGUUCUUUUCAUGUAAAAAAUAUUUUAUUUUAAGCUGAAGUUCUGGUUUUAUUGCAAUGUACACCUUUGCUGUGUUCGGCCAUCUUUUAUCUAUCUGAACAAAGCCCACCUACUCUAUUGAGAUCAGUGGAGACUUUGAUAAUACAAUAAUACAUAUUCAUAAACUGUCCCUGAAAGCCUUUCCAGGCAAUAUAACCCCUUAUUCAACAAAAGGCCUAGCGCUGAAUAUGCUUUUUACUCAUUCUUUUAAUUACUAGCUUUAUUCGUUAUUGCACUAAAGGGGAUAAAAAAAAAUGACCAGUCCACGGAUUAAUCCCUCUGUGUAAUGCACUGCUUCUCUUUUCAAAUGCAGCUUUUUGAAAAGGAGGGGUUUGUUUAUUCAGGGCUCCUUAUCGCUCUCCCUUUGAACAAUUGACCCUAUUUAUAGGGGGUGAGUUUAGUGGAAAGACAAACCAAUUUUCCGAUCAGUCCUUUAUAAUGGCAAAGACAAAAAUAAUUAAAAUAUAAUUUUUUUUUUUUUUUUUAAAUUGACAAAAAUAGAUUUUUAGCAAAAGUAUUUUAAAUGUAUAUUGCCCCUUUAAAUACAAUUAUUGUGCCCACUAGAAAUGUGGCAAGGAAGGGUAACUUCCAUUACUCUGGCAUCAUUCCUGUAACUCCCAGCAGCCCAUGGAAUUGUAAAGAUACCUGUUCUACUCUAUAGCACAAAUCUAUAACUAAGAAGCACACACCCCUCUUCUUCCUUCAUGCAGUCAUCUGCUGCCUCAUAGAUGGGGCACAUAUAGGAACAUUAAGUACAUUUCCACCCUGGUCCCCGCACCUGGGGAGAGGGGUCAAUAGCUGAGAUUUUCAUGGGAAGUUUAGUAAUGUUAUAUAAAAAAUGGAAUUAUACACAGCCUGUUGUCUGGUCCAAUCAGCAGUUAGCUUUUACAGUUCCAAUGUUGUUAGAAUAAUAAAAGCAAACAUCUGAUUGGUUGGUUGGGGUUGCAAGGCUGUGACAAAGUAACUGUCACCCUACAGCGCACCCAGAUUUUUCCUGACAUUCAGCUGCUUGGCUCUUGUCUGUUUUAUUAAAGCAUGGAAAUGUUAAUAAACAUCUUCUAUAAAA